AUGAGCGCCCGCACCUCGAACCAAUUGCACCCGGAUGAAUCACAGUCGAAACAAACGCAGCCGGAUUCAUUACCGCCGAAUACAUCACCGACGAAGGCGAGGACCGUCGCAGCGAACCAAGCCCCACCAGCAAAUAUUCCAGCAACAGUGUAUCCCGAGGUAGACUUUGAGCACCAGAAAUGGCCCGAGGAGCAGAGGCCGGGCCGGGAAGAGCGCCCAAACAACUGCAUCACCCGGCAGCUGUGCCGCGACAUCCUGCGGAACUACUACGAGCAUCUGGAGAACGACCCCUCGCCAGCAUACCUCGAAUGGGUGGGACCCGGGGUCAAGGUCGUCCUGGUCUCGCAGGACGAGACGGUGGUCCUCGUCGCGCAGUCCGACGGGCCGGUCCGCCAGCUCGACUGGAGCCCCGGCGGCCGCCUGCGCACGUUCCUCACGCUCAUGGCAGACGACAGCCUAAUCAACGAUGUGGAGGAAGAGACGGAGUGCUGGGGGUUCAAGCCCGACGAAGACGAUGACGGCAUCGUCCGCUUCAUGUUCUGCAUGGGUGGGCUCUCCCACGGGUUUUCCCUUCCCCUUCUUCGCUCCUUCUGUUUCCUUUCUGCUAAUGUGUUUCGGGUGCUGGUCUAG